AAAAAUAAGAAAGAAAGCACAAAGCUUGUGACGGACCAAACUCAAACUUCAUCCGACUCGCACUCGGGCUCAAUUGUGGUCCUCUGCUUUGUCUCUUUCACCCUCAGAUUUGAUCGCUCGGUCCUUCCAAAGAGCAUCAUUUUAUUUCAAUUCCCAGAAUGUACUCAUCUUCUCUAAAUCCUCUCUCUGUGGCCACAAAACCCCCCCACACGAUUUCGUUUCUCUAAAACUCACAAUCUCUAACACUUCACCAUCAUUUGUAUUCUACUCUCUCUCUCUCUUUAUCCAUUUUGUACUAUUUGUUUUUUUUUUCUUUAAUAUUAUUACUGAACAGCUAAAAUCCAUUUGUUUUCGCCUGACAAACCACCAGAGUGGUUUGAUUAAUGAUAUCUAAUUACCUUUUCUUUUAUAUCAGUCUCAACAUGCAUCAACCUUCUACUGUAAACCAGGAGUGUUGUACCGUCCUUGAUCCUGCAAGCCAAUUGGGUCGUUUUGCCUUUAACACAGCCUUUCAGAGCAUAAAUUCAAAUGGUAACUCUUUGGUAAAGUCAAAUUAUUUGUUUUUUGAUAGUUCAGUUGCGCAAACAAAGCGCAAAGUCGCUGCUUCACUGAGCUUGGGUAGUCGGGGCACGUUGAGUGUUAAAAGGAUUUGGAGUGACUUUAAUAGGGCUAUUAGAUUUCACUGUGAGAAAAUCCCUAUUGGGUUUGGUCCCGUUCGGUUUGGUUCUGGAGAUUGUAAUGGAGAUAAUAGCGAUGGUUUGAGAGACGAUGGAUGCGGUGUUUUGGUCGAGGGGGGCUUGCCUUUGACCGGUGCAGAGGCCGAGAGCCCCAAAAAGGUUCUCAUUUUGAUGAGCGACACCGGGGGUGGCCAUCGAGCCUCCGCAGAGGCUAUUAAGGCAGCUUUUAAUGAAGAAUUUGGUGAUGACUAUCAGGUUUUUAUUACCGAUUUAUGGUCAGAGCAUACACCUUGGCCAUUUAAUCAAUUGCCCAGGAGCUAUAAUUUUUUGGUGAAACAUGGGCCAUUAUGGAAAAUGACAUAUUACGGGUCUGCACCUCGUGUAAUACACCAAUCUAAUUUUGCUGCGACUUCUACUUUUAUAGCUCGUGAGGUUGCAAAAGGAUUGAUGAAAUACCAGCCUGAUGUUAUUAUCAGUGUACAUCCACUUAUGCAACAUGUUCCUCUUCGCAUAUUGAGGGCAAAGGGUCUUUUGCAAAAGAUAGCUUUCACUACAGUGGUCACAGAUUUAAGUACUUGCCAUCCUACAUGGUUUCAUAAGCUUGUCACAAGAUGCUAUUGCCCAACAAUGGAUGUAGCAAAGAGGGCAUUGAAAGCUGGGCUUCAGCCUUCCCAAAUUAAGGUUUAUGGCCUUCCAGUGCGGCCUUCAUUUGUUAAGCCUGUGCGACCAAAGCGUGAGUUAAGGAGAGAACUAGGAAUGGAUGAAGAUCUUCCAGCCGUGUUAUUAACGGGAGGAGGGGAGGGGAUGGGUCCCAUUGAAGCAACUGCAAGGGCACUUGCGGAUUCUUUAUAUGAUGAAACUCUCUGUGAGCCAAUAGGUCAGGUCCUGGUGAUAUGCGGCCGCAACAAAAAGUUGGCCAACAGAUUGCUUUCAAUUGAUUGGAAGAUUCCGGUCCAGGUGAAGGGGUUUGUCACUAAAAUGGAGGAAUGCAUGGGUUCUUGUGACUGCAUUAUAACAAAGGCUGGCCCAGGGACAAUUGCAGAAGCAAUGAUACGAGGUCUUCCUAUAAUUUUGAAUGAUUACAUUGCUGGGCAAGAAGUAGGGAACGUGCCUUAUGUGGUGGAAAAUGGAUGUGGGAAAUUUUCAAAGUCACCGAAAGAAAUUGCAAACAUUGUUGGUCAAUGGUUUGGUCCAAAAGCAGAUGAGCUUAAGGCCAUGGCACAAAAUGCGCUGAAGCUUGCAAGACCUGAAGCUGUCUUCAAGAUCGUUCGUGAUCUUGACGAGCUGGUUAGACAGAGAAAUUUAGUACCCCACUAUUCCUGUGCUACUUAGCUUCCUCUUCUUCUCCUUCUUUUUAUUUUUUAGGCAAUCAUUUUUUAUAGGAGCAACGUAUAGUGGGCUAAUUAGAUCAUGGGUAUGAUUAUUUGUGGAAAAAAUUGUUUUCAUUCGGACAGGAAGAGAAUGUUGCUCAUGAUUCAAUCUUAUCUAUCAUUCUUGCCUUUUUGUCCUCUUUAUAGUCAUGCCACAAUGGGCAAAAUAAAAUUUGUUAAACUCUGGAAA